AUGAUGUUAAAGUUGGACAUUGAGGAUUUCAUUAAGGAAUUAAUCGAGGUAGGAUUUAAACUGCAGCAAGAAGACUGCCUGCAACAACAUACUCCAAGUAAAAUAUCUGAUAAUACAGUGAUGAUGACACCUACAUCCCACACUCUCACAAGCAACAGUUCAUCAUCUACGACAUCAUCAACAUCAACAACAUGUACCUCCAAUGAAUAUGUACCUUUUUUCACAUCUGCUCCAUUCCAACAUGAUACAACUCAUCAACAACAGGCACAACAACAGUUGCAACCUUAUCUUGAUCCUUUCCAAAUAUUUGAGAGAACUUCUCAGAGGUCUAAAAGCAACCAGAGAACUUCCAAAAACCACAACAAUAACAACAUGAUUGGAAAACCACAACAUCGAAAUAAUGGCUUUACAUUUCAAGAAUUCCGUUAUCAUAAAUCAGACAAAAAGAAGACUGUGUUUCAUACCCUCAAUUGA